AUGUUGCAGGGAAAUAUUAUGUUUAAGGAAGAUGAAAAGAAUUGGAUUAUUGAUGUGAGAGAGAGGAUUACAGGUGUCCCCACCAGUAACUGCAUGACAGGGUCAGGGUACUCUGGUGUGACGAUAAACAGGGUCCCCAAGUUUCUGUUGUUUCUAAGGAAGGAAGCCUACACUCCUAGGGUCGUCCACCUUGGCCUUUAUCAUCAUCUGAUAGCGCAGCCUGUGUCUCAUACGGAGCGCCUCAAAGCAGAAGCAACAGAGAGAAUGGCACGCAGGCUACCCGAGCAAGAGGAGCACUUGCAUUUAGAUGAAGCCGUCGCACGCAUUGUAUGUGAAAUUAGAGGGUGCUAUGAAGAACAGUCUGAGUACAAGGACGAAACUGUGGCCACGAUUUUCACUUUGGACGGGUGCUUCAUUUUAGAAAUCUUGAAAGUGUUGGGUGCUAGACAGCAGCGGCAACAACAGCGAGAGGAGCAACACCACCCUAUUUUCAACAGUAACAGGGUCAAAUCCUGUCAAUUUGAUGUGCUAAGUGAUUUUCUGAUGCUUGAAAAUCAAAUCCCCUUGAUGGUCCUGAUAAAGUUAUUGGAAAUGGAAAUAGGCUCAGAAGCAGAAGCCAAGAAAGAGCUGCUGAGAUUACUGUGCACCAGUAUUAUUCUUGUAACUCACCCUUUCUUGCCAAAUUGGCUUAACAGACCAAUUGAAGAACGCCUGAAGGGAUUUGAAGAUCUUGAGAAAUAUCAACAUAUUUUGGGCCUAUUCCAGAGUCUAGCUGUUGAAGACCCAAGGGAUCCAGAAGAAACAGGGCCCAAUGAACCUAACAAAUUUCGCCUUGCAAUUCAAUGCUUCUUCCUAAAGCUGAUAAUCAGACAUAAAAGGACAAGUCGUCAUCAUCAAACCCUCGUGGCCUGUGCCAGAGAUCUACAAAUCGCAGGAAUGAAGUUCAGAAAUUACUAUGGAGUUCCAUCUCAUGGAAAGAUGGCAUUCGAAAGGAGUACCCUUUUGCUCUCCACAAUUUGGAUCACAGACAGUACAGAAGUGAUUUUAAGAAAUUUGAUGGCCCUGGAGGUCUGCCAGGGCUUUACUGUUAUCUCAUAUUAUGCAUAUCUGCUGAAUAGUUUGGUGGAGUCCGAAGCAGAUGCUGCUUUGCUGAGGAGGGCGGAAAUUAUCCAAAGCUCCAUGGGCACGGACAAAGAAGUGGCAGGCAUGUUGAAUAAUCUUGGCAAGGGAAUCAAUUUCGAUUCAUCUGAUGAUCCCUUCAUGAACUUGAAGGUGGAGAUAAAUCAGUGGUAUCGAAGCAAUUUGCUGGUCCAGAUAAGAGAAUAUAAAUACAAGCAUCCAAGGCUCUGGUCCAAUAUGUCAAUCCUUUGGGGCCUCGUGGUUUUGGUAUCUGCUGUGAUACCUAGCCUCGUCAGUAUAUGGAAGACCAUAUGGCCACACUUAUUUAAUAGUGCUAGCAAACGUUAA